AUGGCUGAAAAUUCGAGUUUGGUAUCAGGAGAACAUGACCUUCGAGGAGGUGGUAAGACAUCGCUCACCGGAGAGCAUGACAGUCGAGGAAGUGGCAUGACAUUGCCCGCCGAUAAGGAGUUCUCCUCGUACAGAAGUUUUUUAAAAAAUUUUGAUCCUGGAAUGUCUGAGGCCGAAGUAAGAUCGCCGCGGUUCACCGGAUCCGGUUGGCUGGCGUUCCCUGCCCUGAAGGCUGCUUACAAGCACGUUCAAUUAGAAUUGGAAUUUCGGCCGGAGGCCUGGGACGGUAUACUGCUGCUAGCCGGCGAGAGGGACGAUCUUCAGGGUGACUUCAUGGCCUUGAUUCUGCAUCACGGCUUCAUCGAGUUCAGGUUCGAUUGCGGGAGCGGAGUCGGCACAGUCAGGAGCACGCAAACAGUGAGGCUGAACGAGUGGAACACCUUGACCGUCUACAGGCACCGAUGGGACGCCUGGAUUCAGCUGAAUCAAGAGAAACGCGUCGAGGGGAGAUCGAAGGGCUUGUUUGCGAGGAUUACCUUCCGCGAGCCGUUGUUCGUCGGCGGCCCCGGAAACACGACCGGCCUCGAGCGACUUCCGGUGAGGACCGGAUUUAAGGGUUGCGUCCGGCAUCUGGAAGCCAAUGAACACCGCUAUCGUUUCCCCCUCGCGCCGCAGGGCGACGCCGCGAAUGGUUUCGACGUUGAGGAGUGCACGGCGGACAGAUGCAGCAAGGUGCCCUGUUCCCAUGGCGGCAAGUGUCUAACUACGGGAGGCGACACGGCCGUGUGCCUCUGUCCCCUCGGAUACACCGGCGAUCUGUGCGAGACCAGGGUGGAUCUUCAGGUACCGUCGUUCAACGGAUCCUCUUAUCUGCGUUACCCCGGAUUGGCCGACACGUCGCUAUCCUGGCUGGAAUUGGCUGUCACGUUGAAACCGACUGCCGCCGACGGAGUUAUACUUUACAAUGGCCACCACAGCGACGCUACCGGCGACUUCGUCGCGUUGUACUUGUCGUCGGGGCACGUUCAGUUUACCUUUGACCUGGGAACAGGACCAGCCAGUUUGAGGAGCGAGAACCCGGUUCGUCUGGGUGAAUGGGUGGAGGUGCGAGUGUCAAGAACCGGACGCCUGGCCUCGCUCGAAGUGGAGGAUGACCCUCCGCAGGAAAUCCUGGCGCCAGGGGCUUUCACGCAACUGUCGUUGCCCCUAAAUCUUUACUUGGGCGGCGCGCCAUCCACCGACAUGUACUCGCCGAAGAUGAAAACGACCGCCAGCUUCGUGGGAUGCAUUCAGACGGUCAUUUUGAACCGUCGUGAGAUUGGGAUUCUCGCCGAGGCACUGGGCGGAGUGAAUGUCGGCAAUUGCGGACACGCGUGCGAAGCGAGGCCCUGCGGAGACGCGGAGUGCCGUCCGCUCCGGGACCGAUUUACGUGUCGCUGUCGGCCUGGCAUGCCGCAUCCGUGUCCAGCGCCGGACGACAACACGAUUCUGGACAGCUCUCUGGUGAAACCUAACGGCGGCACGCACUACGAGAGAUCGGUGCCUAGUUUCUCCGGCAGCGAGAGCUACCUUCAUUACAACGACGCUGACACGAUGAAGAGGAUAAUAAGCUACAGGGUGGAUAUCAAUAUGAGAUUCAGGGCGAGCAGCAGUAGCGGGUUGCUGUUAUGGAGCGGACGGCAAGCGGACCCGCAAGAACAAAGGGACGAGAACGACGAUUUUCUUGCUCUUGGCUUGGAUCGUGGUUAUCUGACUUUGGCUUAUAAUCUUGGCUCCGGGGAGGCUGUUCUACGAUACAAUUUAACGAGACUGGACGAUGAUCUAUGGCACCGAGUCCGCGCAGUCAGGAACGAACAAUGGGCUUCGCUGGUGGUCGACAGCGGAACCGGAGUAUCCGCGUCGUCGCCUGGACAGCUCAGACAGCUGAACACUGACACGGGUCUCUAUGUCGGUGGUGCGCCGGAUAUUGUGAGGACAACAGGCGGAAGAUACACGAAGGGCAUCGUCGGUUGCAUCAGUGACCUGGUUCUCGACUCGGAUUUCUCCGUGGCGCUGUCAUCACCAGGACAAGCUACCAACACGCACUCGUGUAUCCCCUGAAAGACAUCCGUGCCGUCCGACGUUAGAUGGUUAGGUCCGCGUGGACCAGCGCUAGGAUAUAAAAAUGCGUCGCGAUGAAUAACGCUGGCCAAGCCAGAGAUCGACGUCGUUGCAACAGCGUUUAAGGUGGACCGCGGCCGCCUUCAGACGCCUUGAACGCUGGAUCGCGUCUCGGCGUGGAAAAAAAGAAAAGAAAAAAGAAAAAAAAAAGGAAAAAAAAAACAAACGAUUUAUACACACCAAAUCACCACGGUUCAUCAUUUUUGUACAGACACAUCAACGACGAGAAUAAACUCUGCCGAAGAGAAUAAGUAAGGUAACAGAAAAAU